AUGUACCCCAUCCAGACCAGGGCAAGGGCUCCUUCUGUCAGGGCACCGGCAGUUCAUCCCCUGGGCCCUCAACUACUCAGUGGAUGCUACACUGAGGCGGCGCGUGCUGACGACACAUCUUUCCGCCUCCAUGGCCUGCGAGAUGCUCUCGCAGUCGACGGCCGUCCUAACCUUGACGCUCUUAACGCUAUCAUCGCGGAAAUUCGCAUGAUCGGUGCCCGGCUCCGCUAUCUGGCGGAUCAGUCACAGGUCCACAUGUGGAAUUCCAAUAUAAUCGAUUAUCUCAAUGUGAUCCUACCAUGUCUACAAAAGACUCUAUGCGAUAUCGACGAAUUCUACAACGACAAGUCUAAGUCCAAGGAUGAUCGUUGGAGGAACAUGUACUAUGUCAUGAGCAAUGAGCUGCCCGGAACUACGCUCGUGGCGAGAUUUAUCUUAUACAAUCAAUACCUCAGCCUCCUCCAAUUCCUUUUGAACAGAUCUCCAUUCUUUGACUACAAUGCCAUGGCGUCGCUCCGCCUUCGAAUAUUCCAACUCCGCGAAGCCAGGCAGAUAUCUCCUCCGAGGAUUACGAGCACAGAACUUGUCAGACAAGAAAGUGUAAUGGACUUCUGGGGCCAGGAAACUCGACCUCACUGGGCGGAGGCCAUCUUCUCGCAACCAUUACCCUCCCGAAGAGUCUUUAAAACCAAGUACAAGUCUGUCGUAUGUGGAACUUUAUUUGAGCUUGGCCGCCUGCCACCGUUUCAACCCACCAUCAGAACUCUAGCCACGAGAUCUUUCAGUAAUGACCGAGUAUCCGUCAUCAUACUUCUCGACCCAAUUGCCCAGGCUCCGUAUUUUCUCGUCCGCACCAUAAAAAAAAGGUCGCCAUGGGUAUCGCUACGUGGUGUUCAUGAGCUUUGCAUUAAUCGAGCAAAGGACUCGCGCUUGGAUCUAACGAGAUGGAGUAACUCGGAACGCAGGGCGAAGCCCUGGGCCGAGCUGUCCUUCUCGACUUGGGAAGAUAUGGUAUUGUUCUAUUGCACCUUCGUCUGCCUCAAGGCUCGCAGUCUGCUCAGAAUCAACGUCAAAUCGAGCGAGUUCGUCCUUGAGAGAGAGAAACUCUUGUUUCAGGCCAAAAUAGUCGAUGAUCGUUUCUACCAUUGUCUGAACGUGUACGAAGAUCAAGUCACGAAGGGGGUCCGUCUGCACGCCUGCGUCUGGGACGGCAAAUUGCAGCACUGUCCUGUAUGGACAGCCUUCAUACCAGUUGACAUCUCAGAGUCAUGGGUCCUCCGCAAAUCUCGCCAUUGCGUCUGGCUCCGCGACAUUCAGAUUUACACCUUCUGCGACGAAUACCGGGACCACCACCAGCGCAAGAACAAGCUCGGCGCCUUCCAGAUCCGUUUCUUACAGACAAAUGGCGCGCGGAAGUUUCGUGGACUCUUUCGCCCGGACCCCGAACCGACUGUCAUCUCGGUGGAGGUCUCGUCGAGUGAUGAGGAUGAGGGCGAAGACGACGAUGCUGCUGCUGGUCCUAGCGGUGGCUGA